UUAGCUUUCCUGAAAUGAAGUGCAUUCUUUGUGUUAAUCUUUUCCAGCCAUGUAAACAUCAUUAGAAAGUAUUUGUUAGAUAUUAAGGCACCUCAAUAGCUGUUACAAUUCCUUAAUAAUAGCAUUAACCAGAUAUUUUAGUCGGCAGUUGUCCCUCUCGCGGAAAAAUAUGCGAUAAUCGGCAGAUAUGAAAAACGCUCCAUGUUGUAAGCUAGCUAGCUAGCAGGCUACCGCCUUGGUCUGAGCAAUGCUAUUUUAGCUGAUUCUUUGACGUUAGCUUAGAAGAGACUUGCAAAUUGAACAUGUCUUUCAUUUUUAUUUUCAGCCAAACAGUAAUAACUGAUACCACUUAACAGUUUUUAUAAGGGACUUGCCUAUAUAUACAUUUUUAUUUUUUAUUUUCUGGCUGGAUAAGUCGUCUGCUAACCGUUUGUUCCUCCUACUAAGGCUAACUUCAGAUUUCCAAACAUGAAGAUGUUCUCGGUGGCUCACAAGACAGUCUUCGUAGUGGACCACUGUCCCUACAUGGCCGAGUCCAGCCGGCAGCAGGUGGAGUGUGACGUCCUCACUAAAAGCCGAGCUCAGGGGGUCAUUCCUCUGGCUCCCGUCUCCAAAUCGUUGUGGACCUGUGCUGUGGAAUGCUCCAUGGAAUACUGCCGGAUCCUCUACGACGUUUACCCGAAAGACAAACUGGUUAACUAUCUAGUAAGUGAUUCAGAGUUCCACAUCUUGAAUAGUUGGAGAAGAGAAGAUCAGAGCACUCAUGAGCUAAUGUCAGCUUUAGCCGCUGUUGGACCACCGAAUCCCCGUGAGGAUCCGGAGUGCUGCAGCAUUUUGCACGGGCUGGUCGCCGCAGUGGAGUCUUUGUGCAAAAUCACCGAGCUGCAGCAUGAGAAGCGCACGGCUUUGAUGGACACAGCAGAGAGAGUCGCUAAUAGAGGCCGGAUCAUUUGUCUGACUAACGCAAAAAGCGAUACCCACGUCCGCAUGUUGGAAGAUUGCAUACAGGAGACUAUUUUAGACCAAAACAAGCUGGCUGCUGGUUCAGACAGGCUGAUGGGCAUCCAGCAGUGCGAGUUAGUUCUUGUCCACAUCUACCCACAGGGGGAGGACACGCUGGUGUCCGACAGGCCAAAGAAAGAAAUCUCCCCUCUGCUCACCAGUGAGGUCCACAGCGUCCGGGCCGGGCGGCAUCUGGCCUCUAAACUUAACAUUUUGGUCCAGCAGCACUUUGACUUGGCCUCCACCACCAUCACAAACAUCCCCAUGAAGGAGGAGCAGCACGCCAACACGUCCGCCAACUAUGACGUCGAGCUGCUGCACCACAGGGACGCCCACCUGGAGUUCUUUAAAAGUGGUGACUUGCACAUGGCAGGAACGAGCACUCGAGAGAACGGCUUCAAGGAGACGGUGACGCUGAAAUGGUGCACCCCCAGAACCAACAACAUCGAGCUGCAUUAUUGCACCGGAGCUUACCGCAUCUCACCCACAGACGUGAACAGUCGGCCUUCGUCGUGCCUAACUAACUUUCUUCUGAACGGUAGAUCGGUGCUGCUGGAGCAGCCUAGGAAGUCGGGGUCAAAGGUCAUCAGUCACAUGCUCAGCAGCCACGGAGGCGAGAUCUUCCUCCACGUGCUCAACAGCAACCGCUCCACCUUAGAAGACCCGCCGUCCAUCAGCGAGGGCUGUGGGGGCAGAGUGACCGAUUACAGAAUCACUGAUUUUGGUGAAUUUAUGAGGGAGAACCGCCUGACUCCCGUUGCAGAAUCUUCCCAUGAUCCCUUGCGGAAGCUCCCCGUGGAGCGCGCCAAAGCUCAGCUGGAGCGCUACACCAGAUACUGGCCCAUGAUCAUCUCCCAGACCACCAUCUUCAACAUGCAGGCUGUGGUUCCUCUGGCUAAUCUGAUCGUGAAGGAGACUCUCACGGAAGAGGACGUCCUCACCUGCCAGAAAACCGUCUACAACCUGGUGGACAUGGAGAGGAAGAAUGACCCCCUCCCCAUUUCUACAGUGGGAUCCCGGGGCAAAGGCCCCAAGAGGGACGAACAGUACCGCAUCAUGUGGAACGAGCUGGAAACGCUGGUGAAAACUCACGCCGGGGCCACCGACCGACACCAGCGGGUCCUGGACUGCAUCGUCGCCUGCAGAAGCAAACCCCCCGAGGAGGAGGAGAGGAAGAAGAGAGGGAGGAAGAGGGAGGACAGGGAGGACCGGGCCGAGAAAAACGGCAGCAAAGAACCGGAAGAUAAAAGCUGGCAGGACUCUGAGAGACUAAAGGGUUUAUUGGAGAAGGGGGAGCAGGACGCAGAGGUGAUCAAGGACUCUCCAGACUCUCCUGAGCCGCUCAACAAGAAGCCCCGCCUCCUGGUAGAUGAGGUCCAGCCUCCAGAAAGAGCAAAAGGUCCGGUGUCGCUCCUGUCCCUGUGGACCAAUCGCAUCACUGCAGCCAACUCCAGGAAGCACCAGGAGUUCAUGGGGAGAGUCAGCUCCGUGAACAACAAGUUUGAGCUGUACCAGCACCUCAAAGAGGAAAACGGGAUGGAUACUCAUGAAAACGGAAAAGCCUCCAGAUGAUCUUUCCAGCGAUCGUCUGCCUUCGCUCUCCUGGAGAUCAGAUUGUUUCUAGACCUAAAAAAUGAACUCCUCACGUGGGAUUUCUAAUUUUCUAAUUCAAGAUUUUGUAGAUGUUCUUGUUCAGAUAUUAUAUGACUCAAUAAAAGCUGUCUGUAGAGAACAAAGCUGUUUGCUUUUGCACAAAUCCUAAACAAUGCAAACAAAUGGACAUAAAUAACAUUUUUGAA